CGGAGAAUUAAUGAAUCUCGAUGCUGGUCCCCAGAAUACAACUAACAGGAAAAGAUCAUAGAAGUAACCGUUUUCUGUUAUUCCUCUGUCUACAAAUUGGUGGAUCAGUAAACAUCAAGCUGAUUCCUCUACUUGCACAUAGUUGUAUCUACUGAAGAUAAAAAUUGUCGUAAUUUCAACUUAUUUUCUACGACCUACCAGACCUCCACUACUGACUCCCGUUGUUCUUCUAAAAGACGAAGACCUACAUAAGAAGACCUACAACAUAAAUACUAAAUAGUUGAACUAGUACUUUCUUCACCUAGUACAACUACAUCACUAAACUAAAUAAACAAAAUGGAGGCCGUUGAUGCUUUUGAGGCCUUGAAGGCAGGCGAGGAGGGGAACGACAAGGCUAUGACGCCGACUAAAGAUGUUGCCGAGAAGGACAUGGACAGCGAGAUGAAGGACAUGAAGGACGCAAAAGAUGACAAGGGAAUGAAGGAUAUGAAGGCUUUCAAGAUGGACAAAAGCGAGAAGGAUGCCAAGGAUAUGAAAAUGCCUAAGGACAAGUACAAACUGAAGGAUCAAAAGGAAAAAGCACCUAAAAAGGAGAAAGUUAUCAAGGUACAGAAUCACAACUAGAAGAGGUACAUGUUAAAUUAUCAAGGUAUCGAAUUACAAAUAGAAGAGGUGGUACAUGUUUAAUUAUCAAUAUCAAGGUAUCGAAUUACAAAUAGAAGAGGUGGUACAUGUUUAAUUAUCAAUAUCAAGGUAUCGAAUUACAAAUAGAAGAGGUGGUACAUCUUUAAUUAUCAAUAUCAAGGUAUCGAAUUACAACCUAGUAGAGGCAGCACAUGUUUAUAUUAAUUCAUAGUACAAGAAGUCUUCACAAUAUUAACUCUGCUUCAUCUGGUACUGCUACUGGUUCUUCACUCACUCACUCACUCACUCACUCACUCACUCACUCACUCACUCACUCACUCACUCACUCACUCACUCACUCACUCACUCGCCCACUCAUACCAAACUACAGCCGGUGAAGAAGACUGGAGGCAAGGGUAAGAAGCGCGCAGCCACUCGCGAGAGCUGGAACAGUUACAUUCAUAAGGUCUUGAAGUCUGUCCAUGACGACAACUGCACGCUUAGUUCGAAGGCUAUGGUGGUGUUGGAUUCUUUCGCACACGAUCUCUUCGACCGCCUCUCCCGCGAAGCCAUCAAGCUCCUUCGCAUCAACAACAAGAAGACCCUCACGAGCAUGGAAGUGCAGACUGCUGCGCGACUUGUGCUUCCUGGUAUCCUACAACCUCCUCUUAAUUUAUAGAAGUGUAAGUACUAGUAGAAGUAGAAGAGUAGUGUACUAGUUAUGAAAGAAAAAAUUGCACUCACACUCAAAAAAAGUGGCUAUUUUCCUACUUAAAUCCUAGCCAAUUUCUUGAGUGUGAGUGCACUUUUUCGUUUCAUACUAGUAGACAUAGUUGUACUAGUACAACUGUUGUAAGUCUAAGAACAUUGUAAAUUAUAUUGUGGUGUACUGAAGAACAACGACUAAUCCCGGUGGUUUCAAAUGACCAGGUGACUUGUGCAAGCACGCGAUUCAAGAUGGAACGAAGGCGGUCGCCAAGUACUCGCAAAGUACUCAGCAUUUGCGAGGAGAGUAAAAGCUGCAGGUCUUGUUGGUUGCUUUCAAAAACAAAAAUUUCAAAAAACUAAAAAUAAACAGGUAAGCAAAUCAUGAGUCAAACGAUCACUAUACUUUUACAAUUACUACGGAAGAACCAGCAGGAGCACAACAUCAUGAACCUAACUAGCUACAUCACACCAAUUACCAGCAUUGGAUCAUACACUUGUUACACGAUACUAGUAACUGUAACGCAUAAAUGGUUGUUGAAACGAAGACGACCGAUAACGUCGAAGAACGUAAUUUCAAAAUUUUUAUGUAAGGGUAAUAACUAAGGAGAAUAUAAUUUUUAUGUAGUUGAAUGAUGAUCUUACAACAUGGGGCUCGAUGUGCAGGUCCCAUACCUAACCUAUCUACAGCAGCAGUCGAUCUUACAUGUGAGGGUUGCUUCAGGUCCUCGCUCCUCGUACUAAAGCUACACUUUCAAAUAUAACGACUUUUACAAAUUGAAAUUUGGGGGACAACAAUUUCGACGAAGUAGCACAAGCACCACGAGAACCAGCGUAAUAUGCCAGAUAGGGGGAGGGCUAUUCGCAUAGUGGAAUUUUAGAGCUAGAAGAGGAAGUAGAAUUAUAACCUAGGUGCUUCCAUCAUAAGGGCAAACCUCAAGUACAAGGUACAGAAAAAUAGUGGACCUUCUUCUUCUACUCGAUGAAAAACAAGAUGCGCAACCCCUGCUUGGUCUCGCUCGUGGUGGAUUCCAUGGCCAGACACUAAGACUUUUCGCAACUUCUUUACCAUGCAGAGUGCGACUUAACUGCUAUGAGGCGACAUGCAAAAAGUAGUAGUGAGGAAAUCUUCUAUACCCCUGGAGUGGGUACAUUCAUUCAUUCAUUCAUUCAUUCAUUCAUACGUGUUAGAGCACUACAAG